AUGGCGCUGCUCCGGCUCUCGGAGACGCAGCUCGAGUUCUUGUUGGCGACUUUGGCCCUCGCUGAGCCCGAGGAUGAAGAUAUCUCAUUGAGAGAUGAGGUUCACGCGACCCUCGCGCAAAAUCUGGAUGAAAUCCGACUGGCGUCCCGUUCUCCCAGUCUAGCACCCCAAACCCCUCCCCGCUCCGUCCAGACAACACGCGUCACGCGUUCUCAAGCCUCCAGGAAGGCCUCUUUCUCUUCCGCGACGUCCACCAUCGUCAAUCGUCCGUCAUCCAGGGACAGCUCCGUCUACUCGGAAGCCUCCACCCUCGUCAACCGCUCAUCGUCCGGCACCUCCUCCUGCCUUCUGCCCAAAAGCGCCUUGCACCCGAUUUCGGAAGAGGCGUCCCCGAACGCCGUCAGGUCGAAGGGCGCCCGCACCGGCCACAGCUCCACCAGCCAGCCCACCGUCGCUUCCAGUGGCCAAGUGAGAGGCGGAGGACAGAACGGAGACCCCGCCAGGCCUUCCAACAGGUCCUGCAUGCGCAAUAGCACGCGGGAUAGGACCAACCCGCGAGCCAGCAGGAGGGCGCUCGAGGAGCGCGUCAACGCCGAAAAUAACAUCCCCCCCGCAGACGACGACGACGACUACGUCCCCGAGGACGACGACGACGAAGAUUACAUCGACGACGACGCGAUCCUCCCAGCCCCCGCGCCUCUCCAAACCAGGACCAACGGGCAAAAGGUGGGGUGGAGGCCCGUCACCAGAUACAGGGCGUUGACGCAAGAGGCGUCAUGCCUGCUGGUCGAGCUCAUCUGGGGCAUCGAAAACAGCAUGAGCGAGCUCGACAGCGUCGUGUCCUCCCUGUCCAAGAUAGAAAGACAAUACGCGCUCAAGUUUAAACCCCCUUCGAACAGCCUGCGAGAAGCAUUCCAGAAAUGCAACGACUCCGAGCGUGCCAUAGGCGUGGUCACAUUCCUCAACUUCGUCACCUUUAUCGAGUUCUCGCUGUGGGUGGACCUGGAGAAAAAGCAGCACCGGGCCGCCAACCCCAAAGACCCGCCCCUCCCGACCGCCGCCGUCGCGAAAAACCACAAACUCGAUGUAUCCAAGUUCCAGCGAUACAACAACAAGGGGCUCAAGCUCCUCAUCCACGCCCAUGCCGGAACCUUCUACCUACUCGUCCUCAUCGCCGCGUUCGGACUCGGCUCCCACUUCAACCUGAAUCACCCCAGCACCGCCGAAGAUACCCAGAGCAUGAGUUGGACCCUGACGCGAUUGCCCGAGGGCACCCCGGAGCACUACCUCUUCGUCAACCUGCUCAUCCCCUGUCUGAAGCGGCUCAUCGAGGACCACCCCGCGGGGUCAGUGUUUUUCCUCAACGUCCCUCAUGCGGACGGCACCCACGAAGCCGUCCACUUCUCAGACUACGCCAAGACGGACCAAGUCCUGGCCACCAUUGCACACGAGGGUUUCAAACUGCCUCCCCGUUCGUCAUUUUGGGAAGAAUGCACCCCCCUCGUGGUCUCCCCCGUUCCAACGGCCGUCUCCACCGCCCCCAGCCAACCCGCUCCCCCUCAGUCCACGCCGCAGAAGGUCGUCUGGCCCCACGAGAUCAAGGCGAAGGGCAGUCCGACGCGUGGAAUGCCAAAGCCACGGCGCCAGGCAUGGACGGAGUUCCACAGGCCGCUUGCCGAGCAGGCGAAGACGGUGAACGAUGUCCCGGAGCUGGAAGAAUAUGUGCGAGAUCACCACUUCCUACCCGACGGAACCCGCAAACACGACUCCUUCAUCAACAUAUCGGCGGACAUGCUCAAUGGGUGCCGUAAACUGAGCAUCCUACACAGCUCCGAUCUCCUCGUCGAGGACGCGGAGGGUAACUACGGCAUGCUGUAUUGCACCCAACUCCCCUCCGCGACUCCGGAACGGCUCAAGCGCAUCACCAGCACCAUCGAGCUCCUCUUUCCCGGCGGCAUCACGAAGUCCUCUUCGAAAGAAGAGGGUUACACGUACGGCACUUACAACUUCCACACCCUCAAUCGGUUCGGCAAGUCCGGAGAGGACGCGCCACGAGAUCAGCACCCCAUCGACAUCACCAGUGCCUCUGCGCGUGGUGAUAACGAGUCCCAACGUUUGCCCGGUCCCACCGCCGAAAUGAAGAAGCACUUAUGGGCGCACUCUCUGCUCGCGAACGCCCUCGAGCCCAUCUUUCAGGAUGUAGCGGCCAAAGCUUUCGCCCAUCUGCCACACCAGGUGAAGCAGUUCCGCGGAUACGUCGACAUCCAGCCGAUGGACAGGCCCUCACCCACGUCGCCCUUCACCGGUUUCCAUCUCAACCUCCGCGUCGCCACCGACGGUCAUGUCGAUGACAACGACUUUGGUCCCUGCGCCGUCACCACCCUGGCCACCUUCAAAGGUGGCCAACUCGUCCUCCAUGAGCUCGGGCUUGUCAUCGACCUCAGGCCGGGCCAGGUCUUGUUCUUCCCCUCGCGCUCCAUCACCCACUACAACCUCCACUUCGAGGGUGAGCGCGUCUCGAUCGUCCUCAGCUUCGACAAGGAGGCCCUCAAGUGGGUGAAGACCGCCAACGGUUGGAGACACAUCCUCGCCUCCAACAGGCCACGGCAAGAUGAACCUGGUUCCCCAGAUGGAGGACCACCCACCAAGAAGCGCAAGUCCUACCAUGACAGCGUGUCACCGUACCAAGUCCACCGCACAGCCCAAAAACACUCGAGUUUCCGCAACGCCCGCUUGAGCUCCUGCGCUAAGCGUAAGAACACACAGCCCACCAGCCGUAUACGUCCAGUCACAGAGUCCAAAAGGCCCCGGACGCUGGCGGUGCCGGUGUACCUCCUCGAUCUCGACGCGGCCUUUCUCGUCAUGUCUCUUCCUCAGUCAUCCAAACGAACGGAGGGUCCAUCCGACCGCAAGACCGCCAAACGUGUCCCACCUCGGAUCGUUCCCCCUCGCCUCAUCCGAACUCGCAGCCAAGUCAAAAAGCGACGGCUCGACGCCAUCGCUGUAUUCCUCGAGUGGCUCAACAAAUUCCGCCCCUUCCAAGACGCCUACUUUGAAGACGAAAACGCAGCCAACGUCGUACACGCCCUCCGGCUCACCCACUCCUCCUUCGAACAGCAAGUCUUCCUCCCGGCCACCUACGUCGAGGCGGCCAGCGCCACCGUCGUUCCUCUCGUUUUCCAAAAGAACGAGCGAGGAGAUUGGGUAGGCAAGGGUGACAAAUCGGCGUUUGACGACAGAGGACGACAAGGUCCACUUGUCGACGACGGAGGGGUGGAUGUGAGUGAGGUGCGAUAUGUUGGCCAACGGGCACCGCCCGCUGCCACAUCUGAACGCGAGCGGACAAGAGAGGAGGAGGAGAGCGGAGAGAGGAACGGCGCCAAAGGCGCGAGUUCCAAACUCACACAAGAGGAAGUGGACGCCGGUGCGAAAACGUACUUGGAAGAGGCGCGUCGAAGGAUAAAAUUGAAGGCCGACGCCGCCGAGAAGGAGAAGAAGAAAAAGGAGAAGGCUGCGAAGGACGCCGGAAACAAGGGCAAGAAAAAGGUGUCGGAUGCCGUGAGGGAAGCGGUGAAGAACGCGAGUGGGAAAGGGAAGGGAAAGGAGGCGGAGGGAAAGGAGGAGAAACCGAAGGGAUCAGUACCGGUCGAAACCAUCGACCUGACGAAUGUCCCCUCCUCCGACGAUGAGGGCAAGAAAGCCGUUGUGAAGAAAACGCCCGUUGGUGCGGCCAAGGCGAAAGCGAAUGAAGUCGAAAAAGCGGGCGCGAAAGCCGCUGAGAAGAAAACGUCCGUCAGUGCGGCCAAGGCGAAAGCGACCGAAGUCGAAAAGGCGAGAGACGAGAUGUGGUCUGCCGUGCAGGAGGCGGAAGACCUGGUGGAGAUGACGAAGGAGCUCAAACAGAAGUGGGAGGCGAAGGGCGGGGGCGAUGGUAAGGUCAGCAAGGUCUUCCUGGCCUGCGUUGGGAUCGCCAGGGAAGCCAUGAAGACGCUGACGGUGAUGGCGAGGGAUGAGCAGGAGCGUACGGGCCUACCUUUCUCUCGCGAGGACGCGAUUAAGAUGAUGGAGGAGAUGAAGGUCGGGCAUUUGACCGACAAGAUGCUGGACGAUCUCGACCCGAAGAGGCACGUCAGGGAUGAAAAGGGGACGUCCGCGCCGCCUGAGGAGCUGGAGGCCCUCGUGAGGAGGGAGCUCAGCGACGGGCAGCUCCUGAUGGCCAUAUCGGUCUACGUCGAGAGGCGUUGGAUGCACUGGUUCCGGGAGGGAGAGCCAAAGGAGAGGCUCAUGCGUGCGACGUCGUUGUGGGCGAGCCGAGGGAGGGAGAUGUUGGAGGAGGAGGAGCGUGCGAGACAGUUGGACGCGGCGGGAGGGGCUGAGCAGUCGUCGGACGCGGUCGUCGGAAAAGAUGCGGAGGGCGAGAGCGAGGAAGAUCGAGGGGUGGAGGUGAAGGAGGGGACGAAAGGUGCGGGAGUGAAGACUCGGCCUCCGCGUUUGGAGGAACGCGCGAUGGACCCCGCUUGUCUGUUCGAUGACGACAUAGAUGAGGUCCUGACUGCGUCUCAAUCCGCGGCCAAGAUGGAGGUGGGAUUGGCGGUGGUCGAGAAGGAAGGUUGGACGGUCGCAGAAGAUAAGGAGGAGGAGGACGAGGAAGGAACGAGUUCGGAAGGGGAGGCAUUGGGCCAACGCGAGGACAGGGAGCGACAUGAAGAGGAAGCUGGAGCACGUCACUCGGGUGGGCGGGGGCCUCAGGAAGAAGGCGAAGUUGAAUUAGCGGUUCGUGGAAGGGUUGGCAAGCGACCAACCUCGGGUGUGUUCGAGGACGACGUUGUAUACGAUUUCUUGGUCUCUACCUCCUCCGAUGUAGUGACCUUCUGCGUGAUGAAUGCUAUGAUUUCUUGUUGCUCUUUCGAUGUGGCCCGUGGGACUCGGUCGUAA